ACCCCCCCCCACCCCCACCCUCUCCCGGAGCAGCAGCGGCGGGAGCAGCAGCGGGAGCAGCGGGAGCGGGAGGACCCCGCGGGGUGAGUGCGGCUGCAUUUGCACUUCUCGCCCUCCGCACAAACAAAAGCUCAGUUGGUUUUGGGGGAACAUAUGAAGUGAGAGACUGCGCACAGUGGACAUCCGCAACUGUAAAUAUGGGUGAUGUGGAAUUGGCACCUCACUCGCUUCAGACUCCUGGAGCUCGGUUGGGGGUACAGGAUAGCAUGGGAAUCAGCACCUUGGAGCCUGGUCAGAAGCCGCCCAGCUCACCACCUGGAAAACUCACCCCCAUCAAGGUUCAGCUACUGGACGAAGCCCAAGAAGUGUAUGAAGUUUCGCUAAGAGCCCCCGGGAAGUUUCUGUUGGAUUUGAUCUGCCAAAACCUUAACCUGGUCGAGAGUGACUAUUUCGCCCUCGAAUUUCUGGAUCAUCGGAAAGUUAUGGUCUGGCUGGAUCUUUUGAAACCAAUUGCGAAUCAAGUCAGAAGACCAAAACAUGUUGUGAUGAGGUUUGUGGUGAAAUUCUUCCCACCUGACCAUGCACAACUACAAGAAGAACUAACAAGGUACCUCUUUGCACUACAGAUCAAGCAGGACUUAGCUUCAGGGAGGAUGAUCUGCAAUGAGAUGAGCAUGGCAUUGUUGGUGUCUCACAUUAUCCAGUCGGAGAUUGGGGAUUUUGAUGAAAGCCUUGAUCAGGAACAUUUGGAGAAAAACAAAUAUAUGCCUCAGCAAGAUACAUUAGAAGACAAGAUCAUGGAGUUUCAUCGAAGACAUGUAGGACAGACACCAGCGGAAUCAGACUUUCAACUCCUUGAGAUUGCCAGAAGAUUAGAAACAUAUGGAAUUCGACAGCAUCCUGCAAAAGAUAGAGAGGGAACCAAGAUUCACCUAUCUGUGUCACACACAGGGAUCAUAGUGUUCCAGGGUCAAAACAAGAUAAACUCAUUCAAUUGGGCCAAAGUUCGCAAGCUGAGUUUUAAGAGGAAACGAUUUCUCAUUAAAUUCCGACCAGAGGUCAAUUCUUGUCAGGAUACCUUGGAGUUCUCCAUGAACAACCGUGAUUCCUGCAAGGCAUUUUGGAAGAUAUGUGUUGAAUAUCAUGCCUUUUUCAGACUAAUUGAGGAGCCCAAACCAAAGCCUAAACCCAUUCUUUUCAGUCGAGGCUCUUCCUUCAGGUUCAGUGGCAGGACACAGAAGCAACUCCUGGAUUAUGUUAAGGAAGGAGGACACAAAAGAACACAGUUUGAAAGGAAACAUAGUAAAAUCCGAUCUGUCAGGAGUCUGUCUGAACAGCCUUCAGAACAUCAAUCAGAGGUGCCAAAACAAAGUGCUAGUUUUACUUUUGGAGUCAUGUCUGCAUCCCCAGGAAAGACAGCUAGUAAUCAGAGGAAGGAGCAAGGAGCUACUCAAUCAAGUAAUCAAGAUAGGGUUGAACGCAGGAGCCGGUCACCAAAGAGGAGCCCCAAGGAGGACAGGAGGGAAGCAGUGCUGAUGGAGGAACCUGGGAGGGACAAGGUUCAGCAGCCCAACCCCCAAAGAGAGCAACAGAAUGCAGGUUCUCUGGCAUGCAGCCCUCAUGUCUCUGAACUGUCACUUAAUUCACACGGAGGUCCUGGCGUUCAGAACCUCUCACUGUCUCCGAGCCUGAGCCCAGAUGGCAAGCAGCACUCCCCGUUGAUGACUCCACUGCUAAAUGACGCGGCAUAUGUCAAGACUGAUGAUGAAGAGGAAAUGAGGAGAAAGCGUUUCCCAGCAGAUAAAGCUUACUUUAUUGCCAAAGAAGUCUCUACCACAGAGCGAACGUACCUUAAGGAUCUUGAAGUCAUCACAGUGUGUUUCCAAAAUACUGUGGCCAAAGAUGAAGUAAUGCCCGAACCUCUGAAGACUGUUCUCUUCUCCAACUUUGAUCCAUUGUACAAGUUUCACACUGGGUUUCUGAAGGAAAUUGAGCAAAGGCUUGCUUUAUGGGAAGGGAGAUCCAACGCUCAUAUUAAAGGAGAUUACCAAAGGAUUGGCGAUGUGAUGCUGAAGAAUCUACGCUCUUUGAAGCAACUUACAGUUCACCUGCAGAAGCAUAAUGAGAUUUUGAUGGAGCUGGAGAAAGCCAUUAGGAACUCACGGAAGCUGGAGGCGCUAUGCAGGGAUUUUGAGCAGCAGAAGGUCUGCUACCUUCCCUUGAAUAUGUUUUUUCUGAGGCCCCUCCAUAGGCUGAUGCACUACAAGCAGAUUCUGGAGAGGCUCUGCAAGCACUACCCAGCCAGUCAUGCGGACUUCAGGGACUCACGAGCUGCUUUGGCAGAAGUUGCAGAAAUGGCAGCACAACUGCAUGGGCCCAUGAUUAAAAUGGAGAACUUUCAGAAGCUUGUCGAGCUGAAGAGGGAUUUAAUAGGCAAUGACAAUCUAGUUAUUCCUGGAAGGGAAUUCAUCAGACAGGGAUGUCUCAGUAAGCUAUCUGUAAAGGGAUUACAGCAACGCAUGUUCUUUCUGUUCAACGAUAUUCUUUUGUACACAAGCAGAGGACUGACAACAUCCAACCAAUUCAAAGUUCAUGGGCAAAUUUCUCUGUACGGUAUGACAAUUGAAGAAAGUGAAGAUGAAUGGUCAGUUCCUCACUGCUUUACUCUGAGUGGGCAUCGUCAGUCCAUUGUAGUGGCUGCCAGCACUCGUGUAGAAAUGGACAAAUGGAUUGAGGACUUGCAGAUGGCCAUUGAUCUAGCCCAACAGUGUAAUGGCACAGCCACUGAAUUGAUGACCAAUAGCCCCAAUGAUGGGCCCACAAAAUCGUCCGAUGAAACAUCUGUGGAGCAGGAAUCUGAAGAUGAUCUAAGUGCCUCAAGGACUUCACUUGAGCGACACUCGCCUCAUCGCGGCAAUACCACGAUGCACGUCUGCUGGCACAGAAACACCAGUGUUUCAAUGGUGGAUUACAGUAUUGCUGUUGAGAAUCAGCUGUCCGGAAAUUUGCUGAGAAAGUUCAAAAACAGCAAUGGAUGGCAAAAGCUGUGGGUUGUCUUCACCAACUUCUGCCUCUUUUUCUACAAAUCACAUCAGGACAAUCAUCCUCUAGCCAGUUUACCAUUGCUGGGCUAUUCUGUCACCAUUCCCGCUGAAUCUGACAACAUUCACAAGGACUAUGUCUUCAAACUACAGUUCAAAUCACAUGUUUACUUCUUCAGGGCUGAAAGUGAAUAUACAUUUGAAAGGUGGAUGGAGGUGAUCAGGAGUGCCACCAGCUCUGCCACCCGCACUCGCCUUUUAAGUCGCAAGGAGUCUCAUGCCUACUGAUCCAGAGCAUCCACACAGCAGCUGGAGGAUAAAGCCUUUUCUAUUCACAUGAGCUUCAAUUAUUACAUGGCAUUUUUUUUCUGAAAGAAAUUUCAAUACAACAUUUUCAAGGCUCCUGGACUCAAACAAUGUAAUCUUCAAAAUUAGCAAUGUCAAUAUAGUAAUUUGAUCUAUUUUGUUAUUUUGUAUCUACAAAACUGAGCAUGUGUGUGUGAUUUUUUUUUCAUGAACCUGUUUAGUAGAGGAUGGGAAAAUCCACUUAGCAGUAUAUGUCCCUGGCCAGAGUUAAAGAUGUGUUUAUGUAAAAACAAGUGGGAAAAUUGUGUGAAAUUUAGACCUAUACAAGAGUUUGAAUGAAUUCCUAUCUGACCGGAGGAUAGAAUUUAAAAGUACCUUUCCAGUUCCCUCAUUAUCUAGAAAAGCCCGAAGUCAAGCGUAACAUUUCUUGGUAGACGAGUUAUGCAUUUAUACGUUUUCGGUCACAUUGCAGGUUCUGCCCCAUGUUUGAGCCGACGCUACGAACAGUAAUCCUGGAACGUGAGACGUUCAGAUGCUGACAUGACAAUCAUGCUGUUGAUUCAGAUCAAAUUUAUCUUUAUCCUGCCACUGAUUUUGGAAAAGGCUCCAGCUUUAAAUUGGCCCAUGUUGCAUAAACCAAUAUCAUCUUGAUAUAAAGCUUCUGAUUUGGCCCAGAUAAACAACCACUCUGAACGCUUACAUUCUCCAUUGAAAGUGUUGACAUAAGCCUCAUAGGCUAGCAGAAAAUUUAGCCAAGGUUCUUCUGAAUACUAUUCCGCUCAAGGUAUAAGUGUUUGAUGAGACAGGAUUGGUCUUAUCUAUAAUGCUAUUAUGGUCAAAUAACUUGGUGAAACCCAACUCACUGUCAAGGCUCACAGAUGAUUAAUAGCCACUUGUACCAUCUUCAAGGGAGUUGGGGAUAUUGACUUAAAUUAAAACCCUUAUUUCUUUAUAGUGUAAAAAUAAAUUUCAGCCCACUCUUGCCACAGGAAAUGGAAAUAUCUCCUGCAAAUACAAGCUGAGAUGUGUCUCUGUAAGAUUCACUUCUCGCUUCUUCAGUGGUUUUUGUUGGAAAAAAUAUUUCACAACUCUUUUCCCAUACCUUUAAAUUUCCACCAUUAAGAUCAGAUAUUCAAAUCCAAUUUUUUUUGUUACAUUUUAAUUUGUCCUUAGCUGGAAACAAUAAAAUAAUUCCUGUAUGGAUGGGGUUGCUAAAGGAGAAACGUGUAGUUACCAUUAAAUUCUGACAUUUUUUCCAAACUAAGUCUGAGACUGUUUUCAGACCACGUGGUGGUGGCAAACCUGGCUCCUCUUUACAGUGCUGAUGUCUUGAAUAUCUUUAAUGCAGGUUUUUUAAAAAAAAGCAAUUUGUAACAGUUUUUAAAUUAGUACAGUAGUAAUGUAACUAUUUGUUCUUUGUAAAAUACACACAGCAGCCCAUAGUGAGCCCUGAGUGAUGCUGCUUGUGCCACUCGUUUUGCAGGAGACUGCGUACACUCAGUGUAGGAGCUUGAACUGCAGCCCAUAUCAUGGGGCUGAAGGAAGGCAAUUCCAGUGGUACAGUUUCAUGUAUCUUUAAUACACCAUUUUCUUGAACAAAAGUUUCUGAAACAAUACAGCCUUAUUACAUAGUUUUCUUUUUACUGGUGAUCUGGACCAGCUUAUAUAGCCGCAAAUAGCUGAGCUAUAACUAGAACAGAGAAGUGGUACUACAUGCCAUCCAGUGGUGUGGAGAAAUGAGGCUAGUACUGAUUUUUACCUAUCACUGUCUAACUGGUUAUUCAAUUUAUAAUCGCAUAAACAAUUUUAAAUAUAGUGCAGAUUAAACUACCAAUACCAAUGUUAUGUAUCUUCUGUAAAAGAUUACCAACUAUUGAUUGAGGUCACUAAAAAUCACAUGAACUCUAAUUUGUGAGGUGUUAACCAUGUGAAAGCACAUGUGUACUGAGAGAACUACAGGUGAACUAUGUAGUUGGUAGCCAAUGGAAAGGAUUGCAGGUGAAUACGUAACCCUUUUGAUGGUUGUAAUUUCCAUUGUGCAUUUGCACAUGGUGUAUACAUUUGUUUGCCCAUAGUUUACACAUAUCUCAUUAUACUCCUAUACUUAGAAUCCCAUUGAUGUGCAUUAGUUGUGUGCAGUAAACCACAGCCUCUUAUCACUCUCAGUUAGAUAUACACUGCAGUGAAUUCCAGUCUUCUCAAUCAUGCUGGGAACACAGUGCUAGCCGGCCCCGAGUGACUUACUGAAAACAUAAUGCCGUGUUAUUGCAUCCAGUUUGGGGAAAGAAAUUAAUUUAACUUCAUGUGGAAAAAAAGUGAAAACAUCCAACAUUGCAAAACCAGUCUUGAAUAAAGUGUUUUGAAAUUAUAGAACUAAUACGGUCUUUGUGAAAACAAGUAUGGAUUAAUGUCUUAAGACCCUUGAAAUACAAUAGUUUCUAUUCUAGUGAAUUGUUGUUUCUUUGCCUUCUUUAAUGACCUAAACCAUUUCAAUAAACACUGUACCUUGG